AUGUGGGUCAGGGCCUCUACGUCGAACGCAUCUCUCAAUUCAAUCAAUCACUAUUUCGUGACGGAUCCGGCCAAUCGCUUGCAAUUAGGAGGUCCAGGUUACGAGCUUACCUAUGCAACUUCAGCGGUGCUCGAUUACCUCUUCUCGAUUGCCAACCCAAAUCACACAUCGCUACUAUUGACAUCACUUCCUUCUGAAACUCAGUCUCGCGAGCUCUCGAAUGGACUUGACGAGUCAUUCAAACUGAUGGAGGCGCACGAAAGGACUCUCGUCGAGCGACUACUCAGCUUUCUGACGGCCGAAGCGCAAUGGAACCGUGGUAUCCGGGUAGUCGGAAGCGACGAUAACGUUGAUCGUGCUCCGACUAUAUCCUUCGUUGUGCUUGACGGCUCUAAUGGAGAACCGCGAAUGAGGAGCAAGGAUGUCGUUUCCGGCGUAGAUAAACUGGGGAAUAUUGGGAUAAGGUUUGGCCACUUUUACGCAGCAAGGCUGAUUGAUUUCCUUGGACUUGCUGCCGAUGAUGGUAUUGUGCGUGUCUCUCUGGUGCACUACAACACGCUGGAGGAGGUGGAUAAGAUCAUCGCCGCCCUCAAACAGUCUAUUGGUAUCCCCUAA